UUGGACAUGCGAUGGGGGCGUGUAUGUGUGUGUGUUUGUUUUCAAAAUAAUUCAAAUAUUAUGAAUAAAUGUGACAAAUAUGUUUAGGCAAUAUUUAGGAACUUUAACGUUUAUGUUAUUAGUAAUUUAUGCGAUAGUUAUCGGAAAGAGGGAUAUUUUGACUGAUUUAAUUGAAGAAAGUGCGCAAGUUGACGAGUGGCUCGAGCAAAGUGAUUUGGGGGAAUAUAAGAAAUUGUUUAGAGAUUAUGGAAUAUCCACACUAUCAGGUUGUGCGUCACCUGAACACCUGGACAGGCUGCCAGAGCUGCCGGCGGCGGAGGAGAAACGCCUGCGCAGAGCUGCACAGGUGCUGCAGCAGAAGUUGGUGCUGCGACAGUGGCUGGCGACGAGAUCCCUCCAGCAUGUGUAUACGAAGCUACUUAGCCUGGAUGUAUCCUCCUUAGAGGAUGUGUACUGGCUGGAAGACUCCAUAGCACGCCAUGUCAUAGACUCAAAGGACUUUAACGCGUGGUCUCUCGCGCGGCAGAGUCUGCCAACUGGCAAGGAUGAGUUGCAAGCCUUAAAGAACGAACUGUGGAACACUGUGGUCAAAAACAGUAAGCACCAAGACGCUUGGACGUGGGGAGGGAUGUUAAUAGUAUCGGUAUCAGUAUGUGGGCUGGUGACGCUGGCCGCGAUGACGCAGCCGUCGCUGGCCCCGGAGGCGAAGCACUCGCUGCUUCAGUACGUGACGGGGAAAUAUCUGCACCCACCCAGUUGUAAGGUGGAAUGGGGUUGGGAAGAGCCGCAAUCCGUCGGCGAAACAAUGUGCUUCACAGUGCACUGCUACCAGCGCAACGGGCACCCAUACCCGAUCUGUGAUACCGAUGAUUUAGCCGUCCACAUCUCACACGGAACUAGAAAGGUUACAGCAGUAGUGGAGCUGGGUUCAGGACAGCCAGCAUUAGCGCAUACCGCGAGAGUUAAGUUCACAGUUCGAACCGCUGGUGUUUACGUUAUAUCUAUUUUGAUUGGCGGCGUGUCAGCCGCCGGCGGGCCGUUCCGCAAGUGGUUCGUGGCGGGCGGCGUGGCGGCGGGCCGCUCGCGCGUGAACCGCGCGCCCGCCGCGCUCGUGUGCGCGGCGGGCCGCCCGCGCGCACUGCACGUGCACCCGCGCGACCACUACGACAACCCCGCCACGCUCGCCAACAACGACGCGGAGGGGUUUUCAAUAGAAAUAAAGCCCAUUGGUGGAGAUUCAGGAGAAGAGUCCCUAUCAGCAGCUGCACAGUUUGAAUACGACAGCGUGAACCAGCGUGUCAGCGUGACGCUGUGCUUCCCUCGCGCUGGCGUGUUCCGAGCUGCUAUAUAUUAUGAAGGCGUGUUGUUACAUAAUGGACAAUUCGACUGUAUUGUGCUCACUCCAAGCGACGCAGCGACAGUCCAACGGCAACUAUCCUCCAAGCGGGCCACGGUCUCGUACGAAGCGAAGCUGCUGUCGCCGGGCAAGCAGCGCCGCGUGCUAUGCUGCCUCAGCCCCAAGCAGCUCAUCAUCAAGGAUUACGUGCUCAAGAUCAUCCCCAAGAGGAUCACGUCGUUUCGCGUGUGUCCGUCUACUAAGCUGAUCGUGGAGGGCCAGCGCGCUGCAGAGCUGGUGCUGGAGGACGGUGCCCAGGCUGCUCUGCGGCUUCACUGCUCGCGCCGCGACCUGCUCGCCGCCACCUUCACGCAGCUGCUCAUCGCCAACUGCGGCGGGGAGGACAGCUUCAAGAACAAGCAGGAGUUCUUCUACAGCUCGCUGCGGGCCCGGCACUUGCGGCAGGCGCACGACAAGCUGGCGCUGCGCGUGCGCCGCGCCGACCUGCUGCGCUCCAGCCUCAAGGCCACCAAGCACUUCACGCUCGCCGACUGGUGCAAGAACUUCGACGUGGCGUUCCAGGGGGAGCAGGGUGUGGACUGGGGCGGAGUCCGACGCGAGUGGUUCUCAUUAGUAUGCAGUGCUCUGUUCGACGCGCGCGGAGGCCUGUUUGUCUCGUACACGGACUCGCCCGCCGGUCUAGUGCACCCUAACCCCGAUCGGCCGCCUCACCUUAAGCUGAAGCACUUUGAGUUCGCGGGCAAGGUGGUGGGCAAGUGCCUGUACGAGAGUGCGCUGGGCGGCUCGUACCGCCAGCUCGUGCGCGCGCGCCUCGCGCGGUCCUUCCUCGCGCACAUCAUCGGCCUGCGCGUGCACUACAAGUACUUCGAACAAGACGAUCCAGAGUUGUAUCUGUCCAAGAUCAAAUAUAUUCUGGAGACAGACUUGGACGCUGCAGACGCGGCGCCCGAGAUUUACUUCUCUGAUGAUGUGUAUGAUUCCUCGGGGAAGUUAAAGGAAACCAAGGAAUUAGUGCCUAACGGAGCGUCUAUACGGGUAUCAAACAGCACUAAAAUGCAGUAUUUAGACGCGUUAGCUCAGUGGCGGCUGGCGGGCCGCUGGCGCGCUGAGAGCGAAGCCUUCCUGCGAGGUCUCACGUUACUUGUGCCAGAUAAUUUAUUGGCUAUCUUUGACGAGAAUGAAUUGGAGUUGCUGAUGUGCGGCACGGGCGAGGUGGUAGUGUCGGACUGGCGCGCGCACGCGCUGGUGGCGGGGGCGGGGCGCGACUGGGAGCGGCGCCUGGCGUGGCUGUGGGCGGCGCUCAACAACUUCACCAACGAGGAGCGGGCCCGUCUGCUGCAGUUCACUACGGGCUGCUCGCAGCUGCCGCCCAACGGCUUCCAGGACCUAAACCCUCGGUUCCAAAUAACAGCCGCGCCAACAUUCGGCGCAUUACCCACAGCGCACACAUGCUUCAACCAGCUGUGUCUCCCGGACUACGACUCGUACGAGCAGCUAGUUCGAGCGCUGCUGUGGGCCAUCAACGAGGGAGGGGAGGGCUUUGGCAUGAUCUGAAAUACUUAUUACACCUAUAUUUAUAUGUCUGACAGUAAAUUGGACAAAAUUAUGACCUGAAACGUUAUGUCCACAAUAACAUGUUGCUUAACGAUUUUGUCUCUCAAAGGUUCUUAAACAGCUGAUUCUGCAACCAUUACGUAAUCGUCAUUAAAAAAUAUUACUUAAAACGUUAUCUAGGAACUCUAAAAUUAUAUGGCAAUUGGUAAUCGUGCUACUGUGGAGAAUUAUAAUUAUUUAAAUAGGUACUGUUUGGUUUACUAUUAUAGCGUCGUUAAAUAGCUGCCUUAUGAUUUGUAUAAAACAGAAAUAGCUAAAGACCUAGUAUAGAACCCUGUGGAACUCCAAAAAUGUAUUGAUGACGUUGUGAUAUAAUUUAUAAAUGUAAAACAUGUGCAUUUAUUUAAUGCAUUUCCAAUAAGUCAUUAUCUAAAUAUAGAACUAUCGUUCCUUAUUUAUAGUUCAAUUUAUGAUUUGUCAUGAAUGAAAGAAAAUUUACUUGAAAAAUACUAGACUCAGCUUGAAAUUUCAAAAUUGUUACCAAAGCGUAUCAAUCUAGUCAUAAUUUAUUGAAAUAACCAUUUAUUAACUUUUCAUUUAAUUAAGAUCUGUAAAUCGUUAAACUUAAUAAUGUAGAUAAUUUAUAUUGUUUUUUUUUAUGCGGCGGCAAACCUUUCAUAUGAAAAUUAGUAUAUUUUGAGAUUCCUACCAAAAAUGUACGAAGUUUUAUUUAAAAUCGUUUGUUUAAUGUGUUUUGUUAUGAUAUAAUAUGUUAACAAGUAACUUAUUUAUUUUAUCAUAUUUUUACGAAUAUUUUAGCAAAUAUUUGCUUCAUACUUUUACACGUUUAUAUCUAUUAAAAACAAUGUAAAACGUGCUAAGACAUCGCUAUCAAUAAUUGCGCGAGGAAUUGAAUACAAGUGACAAUAAAUGAUGUCAAAUUAACAGCGAGGAUGUGUAAAUACAAAUCUCGGAUGAUUGUUAGAUUAAGAUCUAUUCUCAAGUGAUAUAAACGUACGUUCUAGUCCUAUAUACAUAAGGAAUUAAAAAAAUCACGAUUAAAAUAUAUGAUAUUGUGUGUAUGUCGUAAAAAGGCGGUAAAAAAUGACUCGAUUAUGGAAAGAAGUACUACAGUACUAACUUAUAUGUAUAAGUAGGAGGAACACUCAGAAUAUGUGACGUAAUAAAUAAUGAGGUGAAAUGGGCUUAAAUGUCUAUUAAUAAGGGAAAGUUGUUCAUACGGUAUAGAUAGAUAAAUAAAUAGAUCGAUAUUUUGCUUCGCCUAAAUUAAAACCCCAUGACGUAUAGGUUAUCGUUGAAAUUAGUUGUUACACGUGACAUGGUCCGGGUUCAAUUUUAUAUCAAAUCUCUUUUUAAUGUUUUAUAGCUAAGAGGGCUAUAGAUACAAACAUACAAACUGAUUUAAUGAAGAAUGACACGUGGAGCGAUAGAGUGAAGAAAUAAGAACCUUGGUCCAUAGAUUAGAGUAGAGUGUAGAGUAGACAAUAGAGUUACAAUACGUUGGUUGUAUUAGAUGAUUUAUAACUUAUUUCUUGUGAUAUUCUUCAAAUUAUUUUAUUUUUAAAUCAAAUACAACAUAAUUUAAAUUUAUAUAUUUUUAUAAUUACGACACUUAUUUAAUUU